GCGGCGGGGCUUCCGGGAGAGUCUGGGAGGGCGGUGUCCCAGAGGGGCCCUGGGGCUGAGCUCCUGGAGGCCUAGGCCUGAGUUCCGGGCGCCGAAGAGAACUGGGGCACCGGUGCCACGGGGGACUAUUCCGGGGACAGGCGGCAAUUGCUGGGAAGACCUUGCCUGGGAGCCUCCACGACACAGGAGUGUUUGCCACCCAGAGGCCUCGGCGCCCGAAGGCGGAAGGAUAGUCCGGGAGUCGGGGAGAGGUGGUGCUGAGCCUCAGGAAGGGCCAGCACCGCGGACGCCCCGGGCUUGGAUCCGAGGAAGGCUGGGUUUGCCCGGUGCCCCCAGGUGGCCGCGGGUCUGCUAUCCUACCCCUCGCUGUGAUGCUGAGGCCCUCACCCGCAACUUGAGCAGAGCACCCCGCGCCCCAGGUUCCACCCUGCAGCAUCUCAGUGUGGCCCAUUUGACGAACUGACCCGCCAGUCCAACUCUAAAGUCACCGUGAGGAGGCGAAAUGAGGUCUGCCCCCCAAACGCCAACACAGAGGUCACUUGUCGAGACGCAGAAGACGUCUGUUUGUGGGUGAAAACCGAGAGGGUGUGACUCAGAGGCCUACGCCAAUCUGGUAGCGGCGCUACCCGCGGCCCCAGGCUGCCGCCGGGGGUCCAAACCCCGCUCCCGUGGAGGCGGCUGACAGUGGGCCGGGCGUCCCUAGCCGGCAGGCUCGCUGACCCUCUCCCGCCGCCGCGGCUCAGCCGCACUUCCGGGAUCAGCGCCUGGCGGCCCCAAGGUAUCCCACCCUGCAAGAGAGCGUGAAUCUCGGCGCAAGCCCGCGUAGGCAACGCGGGGUCCGGGUCGCGUACCCGGCAACGGUUGCUAGGGGGCGGGGCUCAGCCGCCGAACCGGCUCGUGAAUAUUUGGGUAUUAAGAUGAGGCCCCGCCCCGUUGCCAUGGCUCCCGGGCCCGCAACCCCGCGGCGGAAAGAACACCCGGGAGUCAAGAGAGCGCUGCGGCUGAGGGGCCCCGGGCUGCGCCCCCAGGGCCGGGCACCCUGCCCACCCUUAAGGUGAGAGCUGGUUGCAUCCUUGCCAUGUUCCUCAUGCCAGGGGGAACCAGGGCCAGGUGGCGGAAGAUGACCAAGUUACUGCGCCAGUGGGGGAUCCAGCCACGGCCCCAGAUAUCAAAUAUGGCCUCCUGGCCACUUCGCCCACCACCCCUGGCCCUGCUAGGACAGAGGACCCCUGGUCAGGGACAAGAAGGGCCACAAUCCCUGCCCCUAGACAGAAAUUUUGCAGGGGCAGGGACCUACUCUGCUCUGGUGGGACCUACUCUACUCUGCCAUUAGACCGGCCCCCCCAAGAUGGAGGGGUGAAGGGGCCUCAGAGCUGAUGAGUCAGGAUCUGGCACUUGGCUGGGAUGUGAAGACUGAGAAGCCCCAGGUUUCUAACUUGCAGGGCAUGGAGUUUCAGAGCGACAGGGCAGGCUGGGCACAGGCAGGACCAGUAUGGCAGGUUCAGAUCAGUGCAUUGAUUCUGGGGACAGUGACUGGGCUGGGAGUAUAAUAGGGGUUUUGGUGCCACAACCUCAACCACCAGGCCUGGGAUUCCAAGGCGCUGGUACUCAGCCCUCCAGGCCUAGCUUUGGGCAGGACCCUGGGCUAGCUGCUCUCAGGCAUAGAGGCUGCGCCUACAGCUGGCCGGCCCAGGGUGCAGGCCACAACACCUUAGGGGGCGAAGUGGGGCUCCUCCUGCAGGCUGAGGCUUGCUCAGGCUAGAGAUAGGUAACAGGGGAGAUUCUUUAAUUUUUUAAUUUCCAAAAAGUGCAUAAGCACAUGUUAUGGCUGCAAAGUCCGUAACACUGUUUUGUGGGUAUAUGAGUCACUACAGACCAGGCCACUGAUGCCCACAGAGCCCAGAUGUCUUGUCCCAGAGGCUAACACUGCCUUCCAUUACUGCUAUCAAAGCCCAGCUGACCACUACUCCCCUGGUUCGGGGUAUACUUGCAGACACAAAGGAGAGCAUGAAUCUUGAAAGUCCAUAGAAAGUUAAUAGAUAAAAAUUGUGGUCAGAAUGUUUUAAGCCUUGUUUACUGAUUCCUUCCACAGAAAUUUUAGUGCCCUCUUCUGUGCCCUGUGGACACAGCAGGAGAGUGUCCAGCCUACGUGGGGUCCACAUCUUAUGGGCGAGGCAUGCACUCACCUGAACAAACAUUAAAUUAGGAGGGCCAUGGAAGGGUCAUCAGAGAAGUAAAUUUAGGAGGGGCAGGCAGGGAGUGCAGGAGUGAGGGGUCAGUCAAGCCUGGAUGGCAGGACAAAAAGGUGGCCAGAGAGAAGGACACUGAACAUUCUGGGUGGGGUUCUGGCUUCACCCCAGAGAUCUGAGUCCAGAGUCUGGGGCCAGGCAUAGUCUAUCUUCUGUAUGUUUAAGGAGAACACCUGGUGAGCCUGGCAAGGGGCCUAAGGGCCAGGCCCAAUUGAUGGCCCAUAUCACCUUUGACCCUGCUUAUUUCUGGGUGCUCUGUCUUUGGCCCAGUCCAGAUGGGCACAGUGGCUUGGACAAGAGCCAACCUAACUGUUUCACAGGUGUUACCUAGGGACACAUGCCACUCCCCUGCCCAGGUGUUUGGCCCACAGCAGAAAGCAACUGCCUGUCAGUGGUGGUCAGCCAGCGCAAGGGUAAGGGGGGAUACCUGAGACCCUGGUCCUGGGCCAGGCUCAGAGACCAUCAGAUGAAGAAGGACCCACAGCCCAGGGCCUGGGGCAGCCUGAGGAGCCUGUGAGCAACAGCUUGCUGCUGGCCAGCAGGUCCAGUACUUCUAGGCUCACAGGCCCUCAUGGGGCCAACACUCAUUUCAUGGACCCUGAGAGCACUGGCCUGGGCAAGAGGCCUAAGUCAAAGCUAAGGGAGGGACUGUGAGGCUACCAGGUGGGGUAAAGCUAAGCCAAGCCCCUUAGGCCAGGCCAGGCUGGGACGCUGGUUGAGUAAAGGACCCCGUCACGGUUAUGCAGGCGUCUCACUAGGCCUCAGGGAGGAGCAGGAACAGAAGGUUGGAGGCCCUGCCCUCUGCCUCUCCCAGCAGGUUGGAUGUGGAUGGACCCAGCCUGGGAUGGAUCCCAGGGGCCUCGGCCACACACAGCCAGUGUCCAUGUACGUGAGCUGAGUUGGCAGGGCCUGCACAACCCCUGCCCACAGAGCAGGUCCCUGGGCAGCCAUGGGGACAGCUGCAGGGAGCAACUGUUGGAGCACCUGUCCCCUGCUCGACUGGUAAGUGUCAGAGGCCAGGAGCUCUGGCCACAGGGGCCUGCAUAAGGUGACAUCCUGAGCCCCUUUUCUGCUGAUACCCAGCCUGCCGUCAGCCCAGCCGUCAUAGCUAGGGGCCCUCUACCUUUCUAAUCUUGGGACCUACCAGCCCCCAAAGCACCACCAGCCCUAGAUGGCAGAUGUUCCUAGGUCCUGAUAGGCCAGGAUUCUGUAAGUGCUUGUUGAGACCACUGUCCUGGAACCAGAGGAGGCUCCUCACUCCACCAGUGGGUGCUCUGGUGGCAAGACAGGCAGGCCAUCAGAGUGGGCUCACAGAAGAGCAAGGUGCAGAGAAUCAGGCAUAGAAGGGGGCUGUGCCUGCAGGCAGCUGGCUGGACAUGAGUGCCCCCACUGGAGUGCCUCCCUUGGGCAGUCUGGAGAUGGUCUGUGGCCUGCUUUCCCAGGGCCAGGGCUCUCAUGCCCCUUCCCAACCCACCAGACCUUUAGGAUGAGGUGGGGGCCAUGCGAGUGCACUGACUGUGCCUGGGCAUCAGAUGGAGUCUUCUCCCAAAACCUUGUGUGAGGACUCACUGUUGCACCUUAAGCCUGAGUUCUAGAAGAUCUGCAGAGUCCUCUUGGGAAACACUGUAUCUCCCCUGUACAGGACCUCCUAUGCAUCAUUGGCUCCCUUGGGGGAGAGGACUCCCUCCGGUGUAAGCCUCACCCGUCACCCAGGCCAUCCUUCAAAAUGACCUACAUGUCUACCUCGUCCCUGAGGGUCCCACUAACCCCACAGCAGGUGGGGGCCCAGGAUCUUGCAGGCAACACUUAUAUUGCACACACAGGAGAUACCUUGUCGAGGAGAGCCAGCACAGAGUGACCAGCAGGGGCCCAGGAGUGGCUCAGAGCAUGCCAGCUUGCCCACAGGUUGUAGCCAGCGUAGAGCUAGCUCCUGGUGCCUGUGCUUUGGGUCUGUUCGCAAGGUCUCCUUCACAGCCUCACCCCGAGAGCAGGCCCUUCUCUGGCAGUGGCCUCCAACCAACCCCAGUCACAGCCACUACUCAGGUCACAUCUACUUGCACUCUGCCAGCCGGGCCAUUGUUGGCCCAGGUUAAUGUGGUGAUUCAGGGCAGUACUUGUCACCUGCUCCUGUGGGCCUCACAGAGCCCCACUGCCAAAGGUGUGAAGGAAACUGGAAGGAAGUGACGCCCCUGUUGGUAUCUGCAGCGGGUCCUGGCCCAGGUGGACAACCUGCAGCUGGUGCGGGUGCUGGAAAUGUGUGUGGACACCCGUGAGAGCAGCCUGGGAAACUUCGGUAAGCACUGCCUGUCCAGGGCCUGCCCUGCCCCACUGUGGUCGAGGCCAGCCGCUCUGUGACACGCCUUUCUGGCUGUGAAGGUGAUGUUGGCAGACACCUUGGGCGGCUUGCACAUUUCCUCGAGAUCCGUCCCAGGACCCAGAUCUGAUCCAGGCAGGGGCAGAGGUUUAGGCUGUGGUCAUGUUUCCACACUGCCCUCGGAAGGACUCUGCUCCCAUGGCAGCAUGGCCAAGGAGUGAAGGUUGAAACGUGCCCCCAGAUACCACACCUUGGUGGCAGGUGCUCCCAAAACUUAUUUUGAAAUAAUUCUAGAUUUAUGCUGGGUGAGGUGGAGCAGGCCUGUAAUCUCAGCAGCUCAGAGAGCUGAGGCAGGAGGGUCGCAAGUUCAAAGCCAGCCUCAGCAACUUAGGCUCUCAGCAACUUAGUGAGGCAUCGCUUUAUUCCAGCUAGGCUGUGUGGGAUUGUGGCCCCUCAGUGGUUGGGGAACAGAGUGCUCGGAUCACCUGAAGCGGGCCCCACAGAAUAGGCCCACUGACAGCUAGAGGAGCCACCCUGCCUGCCCAUCCAUGAUGCAGGGAGACAGCUGGUCAACAGUACCACCCCCACAGUGUGGAGUCCACCUGCCCAACCUGGACCAGCUGAAGUUGAACGGCAGCCGCCUGAGCUCCCUUAGAGACCUGGGCACCUCUUUGAGCCACCUGCAGGUGCUAUGGCUAGCUCGCUGUGGCCUGACAGACCUGGAUGGCAUUGGCUCCUUCCCUGUGCUAAAGGAACUCUACGUCUCCUACAAUGACAUCUCGGACCUGAGCCCGCUGUGCCUGCUGGAGCAGCUGGAGGUGCUGGACCUGGAAGGCAACAGCGUGGAGGACCUGGGGCAGGUGUGCAGCCUGCGGCUGUGCCCGCAGCUCACCACACUCACCCUGGAGGGCAACCCGGUGUGCCUGCAGCCAGCCCCCGGACACUCCAACAAGGUACCCCAGGAUUACAACUACAGGGUGGAGGUGAGGAAGCUCAUCCCCCAGCUACAAGUGCUAGAUGAGGUGUCCACCAGGCACACUGAGCUGCCUGCCCCCCGGGAACUGAGCCAGGACUGGCUCAUAGUGAAGGAGGCCAUCAAGGAAGGCCGAGUGCUGGACACUUUCCUCCCCCCACAAGAUGUUUCCCAUGGAGCCAUUAUCCGGAGACUUGAUCCAGCAUUCUCCCUACCUGAGACCCAGCCCUGGGCCCUGUCCCUGCUGGUCCCUGGGGGCGUCCUGCCUGAACGCCUGCUUCCCAAGGACAUGGCCCCAGAAGACCACACCAGCAACCUCACUCAUGGUGCUGGCCAAGUCCUCUGCGGGAACCCCACCAAAGGCCUGUGGGAACGCAGGCGUCAGAACCAGGACUGGGCACCCUGGGAACAGCUACCUCCAUACAAGUCAAGUCUGGCCACCAGCCCCUCCACCCCAGGGCCUGGCCCUGCAGACACCUGUGACCUCCUAACCAUGGCGGGGCUUCAGGCCUGGAGGGAGCUUGGCCUGUGUCCCCAGCCCCACAGGCAGAUGGAGUCCCAGCAGGAAGGGGCUGCAGCCCCCCAGGACCCAUGGAGGGCCCCUGAAGAGCAAGAGGACCAGAUUGGACCCAAGACUGUCCCUAGUCCCAUGAGCCUGGCCUCAGGUACUUUCCCCACAGAGCAUUCCAGAACCGUGGGCUUUCACCUGAUCCCUUCUGCUCCCAAGUGCCCAAUGCCACCUGACUCUGGAAGCAGCUCCCCCAGGGGGUCUGCAGUCCUGUCUUUCAGAGGGCGAAGGCUCAGAGCACUGGACAGCCUGUGUGGGAGCCCUGGAGGUAACCUCAGGCCUCAGUGCUUGAGCCCAGGGGUACCCAGACCCAAAGCCAACAGGAGACCCUGCAGCCAGACAUCCAGGCCUCUGCUACCUGCUCCACCUGAACCCUAUCACCCCCACCCACUCCCUCCCUUAGUGUAAGCCCCCACCAACUGCCAGGUUCACCUGGACUGGGGCCAAGGGGUGCCAGUGAGGUCAUGGGAGCCCCAGGAGUUCUCUGUCUUCAUAGACCCUGGAGCAUCUAGGCAGGUGUGGGGAUGGAGAGUGGGUUUGGCCCUGAAAAGGCCCCUUUUGGUGCAGAGGAACCUGAAGUUGGGACCAGUCAGCAGGUAUCAGAGGCCAGAACAGACGUUAGGUCCAGGUAGGGAGAGCCCAAGCUCCCCAUCACUGCUCAGCUGCCCACCCUUCCGUGGGGCCUAGCCUUCCCAGGAGAAAUGGUCAAAGGGGCAGGCCGGGCUAGGCGGCAGGACCUGGAGCUGGGCUCUCCAGGAGCCUCGGGGCUGCGAACCACUCUCUGCACUGAUGCAGCCCAGGGUCCUACCUGCUUGCCCUCUGCUGCCAUGGGCAAAGCCAGGCCUCCCAUCCCUGGUGGAUUUGUGGGGUUUCCCUUGAGAAGCUGGGAUGUGCAGGUCCCGCCCAAAAAACAGGAGAAUCUUUUUCGACUUUCAGGUUUACAGAAAUGCAGUUUACUUUGUAGGCAACAUUGGUUCAAUAAAUUAUGCAGCUGGCACUGCUGCCUGGCCCUGCCGCCUUA